CAAAACUGUACAAUCUAAAGUGGACUGCAUUUUGCAAGAAGUUGAGAAGUUUACAGACCUAGAGAAACUCUACCUCUACCUUCAGCUGCCUUCUGGUCCCAACAAUGGAGACAAAAGCGAUCAGAUCUCCGUGUCGUCCAGUCGUACCCAGCAGAUGCAUGCCUUCUCAUGGAUACGGAACACCUUGGAAGAGCACCCUGAGACAUCCCUUCCCAAGCAGGAAGUUUAUGAUGAAUACAAGAGCUAUUGUGACAAUCUUGGCUACCACCCAUUAAGUGCUGCUGACUUUGGAAAGAUCAUGAAAAAUGUCUUUCCAAAUAUGAAGGCCCGUCGUCUAGGCACAAGAGGCAAAUCAAAAUAUUGCUACAGUGGACUGAGGAAGAAGGCUUUUGUGCAUAUGCCAACACUGCCCAACCUUGACUUCCAUAAAACUGGAGAUGGGUUGGAUGGGGCAGAGCCGUCUGGGCAGCUGCAAAGUGCUGAUGAGGAAGUUGUCUCUGCGGCCUGCCGGCUUGUUUGUGAAUGGGCCCAGAAAGUGCUGAGUCAGCCUUUUGAUACAGUCUUGGAAUUGGCUCGUUUCCUUGUAAAAAGUCACUAUAUCGGUACCAAGUCAAUGGCAGCUUUAACAGUAAUGGCAGGGGCACCAGCAGGAAUAAAAGGGAUCCCCCAGCCCUCAGCUUUUAUACCUACUGCUGAAAGUAAUUCCUUUCAACCGCAAGUGAAAACUCUGCCAUCUCCUGUUGAUGCCAAGCAGCAGCUGCAGCGUAAGAUCCAGAAGAAGCAGCAAGAACAGAAACUGCAGUCUCCUUUGCCAGGAGAGUCUCCAGCAAAGAAAACGGAAGGCACCACAAGCAAUGGCGUGACCAGUAUAUCUAAUGGAAGUCCUGCAAUUCUGUCUCCUCCGCCUAUUGGCAUUGUUGUGGCAGCUGUCCCCAGCCCGAUACCGGUGCCAAGGACCAGGCAGUUGGUGACAUCUCCAAGUCCUAUGGGAUCGUCUGAUAGCAAGGUCCUGCCGCUCAAUGUUCAGGUGGUCACUCAGCACAUGCAAUCAGUCAAGCAGUCACCAAAGACUCCCCAGAAUGUUCCUGCCAGCCCAGUUGGUGACCGCUCUGCCCGGCAUCGCUAUCCACAGAUCUUACCGAAGCCUGCAAAUACCAGUGCUCUCACCAUCCGCUCUCCCACGACGGUGCUCUUUACCAGUAGCCCAAUCAAGACUGUUGUGCCAGCUCCACAUGUGAAUUCCUUAAAUGUGGUAAAAAUGACAGCAAUAUCUCUUGCCCCAAGCAGCAGUAGUGUGCCCGUCAAACAGACGCCUUCAGUGAGCAGUAGUGCAGGAGCAGUGGAAGAAGGGAGGACUGGUCCACAGAUCAAAAACGGAUCUGUUGUUUCACUUCAGUCUCCAGGAUCCAAGCCUAGCACAGUUGUAGCUGCGCCUGCCGUCAAGGUCAAAAUGGAACCAGAAGCAUUACUGGAUGAGAAUUCAGUACAGGGCCAAGAGAGCUCUGAUGUGUCAAAAUCCAUAAAGGCAACCCCUGACCUGCCUCCUGCUCAACUAAUUAAUUUUGAGGUUACAACCUUGAAGGUUUCAGCUGAUGAUGUUGUAGAGGCAAAACCAGUUAAGGGCUGUGAUCAGGGAGCUGAAGAAGCAGGGACCAAAUACAAAACACAGUCUAACGAGAUCACACCAGUUUCUUCAGCAGGCAAUAGUCAAAGCACUCUAAAGCUCUCAGUUGCCAGUCCAAACUUGUCCAGCACCAGCAUCGGUUCACCUCCUACCGGUGAGUCUAAAGAUAAAACAUGCACUAAAAGUCCAAGAAAGCGACAACCUUCUACACUUCAGGAUUCCCAGGUACCACCUGUAAAGAAACCACUGGUGGAGCAGCUUUCAGCUGGUAAUGCUGUGGAGGGUCAAAAAGCAAACAGUGUUAAGAAGUCUCCAAAGGUUGGAUCGUUAGCUAACAGUGACAAUACAGCAACACUUGCUCAAGUUCCCAGCAAGGUACCUGUGAAGGUACCUGUACCUUCUGCAGCUGCAGCAAACUUAGCAACAGACCUCUCUUUGAGCACCAAUUUAAAUACCAGUGAUUCUACUUUAGGACAGCAGCUUGCAUCAGCAUCAUCUCCAGAUAUAAAAGUAAAAUUGGAAGGAAACAUGUUUGUCAUAGAAAAUGAUUCAAAAUCUGAUGGCAGCUUUAACCCAAAUACGUGGCACCAUAUCACCAAAACCUCUGAUUUUGCAUCUGUGAAUUGUGAACAGCAGCAAGAUAUCAGUGUUAUGGCUAUUGCAGGGCACUCUGGCUCUAGUGACUUACAGGAAUCUGCAUGGGAGCCAGUGCACUGCGAAGGUAUACAGCAGGAUGCGUACAACCAGCAGUUACAGAGCCAGAUCCAAGAUUCCUCCUUGGAUCAAAUACAAGCACAGUCUUCAAAUCAGUUACCUCUGCAGUCUGAGCUGAAAGAGUUUGAACAUACAGUCCCUCAGUCGAACGAAAACUUCUUCUCAUUUGAUGAUGACCUUACCCAGGACAGCAUUGUGGAGGAGCUGGUGCUCAUGGAGGAGCAGAUGUCCAUGAACAAUUCUCAUCCUUAUGGUGGUUGUCUAGGAAUGGCACUUCAGAGUCAGACCGCAGCUCAAGGAGCUCCUGUGUCAUCUCAUCCAAGCAGCACGCACUUUUACCAUUCGAUCCAUAACAACAGCACU